UUAAGUGGGAGCUAUAAAUAAGGCAGGUGGGUGCCUGAGCCCAACCAAGUUGACAAAAUGGGAUUCCACAUGGCACGACAGCUGCUGCUCUCCGGGUUCCUACUGGUGAUGCUGCAAGUGGUGACCCAAACGCAGGCCAGGCCACAGGAUGUGAUCACGGUUGCCGGCGAGGAGACAGAGGUGGUUAUAAAGCAGGAAGGUGAUGGCGACGACGAUGACUCCUCCUCUGAGGAAACUGUUGAGGAUUCGGACGAGAAUAGACGCAGACGGCGGGACGUCAGCACGGACAACACCCCAUCUUCUCGAGCGGGCAUUCCAGGUUUGCCAGACCCGGCCACCAUAAUCAAGAUCGCUGAGCUUUUUCAAUCCGUAGGCGAGCAAAUAGUCCCGAUUCUGUUGGAAGCCGUCCUGCCCAGCGUGGAUGAAGCGGGUGAUCGAUUCGCCAGAUCCCUGCACUUCCUGAAAAACUUUAGCCCAGGUCUGGAAGCGUUUGCUACCGAGAGGAACGAAUAGCACAUUGAACUAAAUAGUGGCAGAAAUUGAAGGAACUGGACCAAAAUUGGUUUGACUUUGUUAUCUGGAGAGUGGAUGGUUUACAAGUAGCGCCUUACAUUAGAAUGAUCGUUGGUAUUUCAGCUAAAAUAUACAUUUUUCGAAGGAAUUCGAGCAUUUCACUUUAUCAAAUUUUGUAUAAGUAUGAAACACACAAUGAUUUAAAUAACUAUCAAACUUAUGUCGAGUUCUA